CGGGAGCGGGAGGCGCGGGGCCGGCAGCGGUGGGAGCGGGCCGGCCGCUGCUUCGCCCGCGCCGCGCUCUGCGGCUCCAGGCAGGCGCGGUGGAGCGAGCCGCCGGCCCUCCCGGCCAGCCCGCAGGAGGCCCGGCGGGAGGAGCUGGAGCGGCGGCGGGAGCGGCUGAGGCGGCUGCUGGCCGAGGAGAGCGAGGAGCUGGCGGCCGAGCUGCGGGAGCUGCGGCGGGGCCGCGGGCGGGAGGCGAGCGAGGCGCUGCGGGAGCGGAGCGGGGCGCUGCGGGCUGCCCGCGAGCGGCGGGGCCGGCAGGUCGCCGAGCGGCUGCUGCACGAGCACUGGAGGCAGAACAGCGCCGAGCUGCGGGAGGUGGAGUCGGAGCUGCACAGGAGGCACGUUGUGGAGGCUUGGGGAGAUCAGCUAAAGCAAAAAAAGCAGCAAGAAGCAACUGAACGAGAAGAGAAAAAGCGUUACGAAAACGAGUAUGAAAUUGCACGAAGGGAAGCCCUGGAGAGAAUGAGACAAGAGGAAGAGAAGCGUCGGCUGGAAGAGAAGAAGCAAGCGGAGAUAUUGCUUCAGCAAAUAGAAGAACUGAAACUACAGGAGACGGAGGCAACAAAGCUGAAAAAAGAGCAAGAGAAUUUAUUAAAGCAGCGGUGGGAGCUGGAAAACUUAGAAGAAGAAAGGAAACAAAUGGAAGAGCACCGGAAGAAGAUCGAGCUCGGCCGCUUUUUGAGGCAUCAGUGUAAUGCCCAGUUAAAGAGACGUGCCCAGCAGAUACAGGAGGAGCUGGAAACAGACAGACAAAUCUUAUUAGCCCUCCUCGAGAAAGAAGAUGAGGAUCAGCGCCGCCAGUCAGCGAGACGAGAACGAGCUGUCGCAGACGUUGCCUGGAUGAAACGCGUCAUUGAGGAACAGCUCCAGCUAGAAAAGGAGAGGGAGGCGGAGCUCCAGACUAUUUUUAGAGAAGAAGCUAAAAAAGUUUGGGAGAAGAGGGAAGAAGAAUGGGAAAGAGAGAAGGUGGCCAGAGAUCGCCUGAUGAAUGAGGUCCUUGCAGGCAGGCAGCGCCAGAUCCAAGAGAAGAUGGAGUUAAACAGACGGGCCCAAGAAGAGUCAGUAAAGUAUCGAGAGCAACUGAUCAAAGAACUUGAGGAGGCAAAAGAACUGACAAGGCGAGAGAGAGAGCAAGAGAAGGAACUGCAGACGGCUCGCAGACAGGAAUUGGAAGCUCAGGUGACGGAACGCCGCUUACAAGAGCAAGAGGAGCGGGAGCGCCAGAGGGAGGAGGAGGAAGAGGAGCGCUCCAUCAGGCAGCGCUGCGAGGAGCUGGUGCGGCAAGAAGCCAAGCGCAUGGCUGAGCGAGGAUACCGCAGCAGGCCCUACGGUUACCCAAAAGCAGCGUGGACCUGAGGAUUAUCGUCCUUUAUAUCUGAGGAAUGAGCACUAAAUGAAGUUGUAGACUACAAAAAGAACAUUUUGAAGAAUCAGGGAACUCCUGAAAUAACUCCAGUUUUGGAAUAGCCUACAAUGACACCAACAUUCAACGCAGUAGAAGUUAGAUUUCUGAACAUAUUUAGCUGUGGCCCAGCUGAACCCAAGAUCAAACUUCUGCUGAUUUCCAUAAAUUUGGAGGUGUGAGCAUACUCGGAGGACUGUUCACUUACUCAGUAAGGACUGCUUCACUUACUCUGUGUUCAGGAGAUGUAUUUUAGUACACGCUAUGUUGGAGCAAAACAGCAAAGGAAUUAAACUCGCCCUUUCACAUUUUAGAUCUAAAGAAUUUGUGCCUCCUGGGGAACAGGAACCAUAAACCUCUAGGUGCUGUUCUCUAUUUAAAAGAGGGAAGCAGGACCUGCCUAGAAGUCCCAGCUGGCCUUUAAGGGUUGCUUCAUAACCCAUUGCAAAUCAGAAAGACAACGUGUGCUGUGGCAGUAAUUGUUAACAUGUCCAGUUCCUCUCUGGAAGCUGUAGAUGGCUUCAAUAAACUUUUUUUACUUGUUUCACAAUGAAUAAUUGUAAGCUGAACAUCCGUGAGUUUCUUUACAUGAGCAAAUUGCUACAAGCACAGAAGGGGAGGGGUGUUAGUUGCUGAUGGCACUUGGUUCCCUGCUACAGGCAACUGUACCUUAAAAUCAGGCCAAGCACUUCAAGCCGGUGUGGCAUGUCGGGAUCUGUCCUGUUCUACCUGUCACAGCAUGAGUCCCUGCUACAGGAAGGUUACAAAGAUGCGUUCUGUUUGAGCACUGCAGACUUUACCCAACUACAGCAACUCUUUCAAGAUCUCUUCUUUACAAAAACAGCGGUCAAAUAAUCCCAAGUAAUCUUACACGUGGACAAGGUUUUAGCAUUUUAUAGUAAUGCAGUAAACAAAAGAGUAAGGCAGAGUAUAGUACAGACAGAAUGACACUGAUAAAUACAAGUUUCAGAAACGGCAAAAAAUUUUACUUUCCUAUGCAGCAUUUUGUAAAGAGAGAGGAAUUUUGGUUUGGGGGGAUGGGGGAAGGAGAUGUCAUAAAAGGAAAAAGACUUUUGUUAUUUUGGGUAUUAUAAAUCUUCUGACCUGCAAUGCUGUAUGCUUUGGGGGUUACCCUACUACUCUUCAGUUCCGCAGCUGGCUUUGUAACACUCCCUUGGUGAAGAGAUCUGAUGUAGCACAUCAGCGUUUGCUCAGACUGCUUCUGUUUCAUUGAUGGCAUCAGAAAAUUGCACAUCCCACAUCAUGUGCACGGGGGCUCUGGAGCAGUAACAGGGUACGGCGCUGACCAGUCUAGAACAAAUGUUUGCUCAGAGAUGGCAGAAUUUACCAGAAUGGAAAAUCAAUUACAGGUGGCUUUUUCUUUUUAAAGCUAGACCUCCCACCAAGAUAAAUGAUUGUUUUU